AAGGCUGGGGUUGCUGUCUACGUUCAGUCUCGCUCGAACGUUCUUUAGGAGAGCGGGAAAAUUCGGAAAGCAAGAGAAUCUCACUACUCCAGAACCCUUCAUCCGAUCUUGGAAUUAGGGCUUGUUCUCUCUUUCUUUGUUUGUUUUGGUAAAAGUACGGCUAUGGUGGUCGACCAAGAUCAGCGAUGGCUUCUAGAUUGCUUGUCUGCAACUCUCGAUCCCAUCCAGGACAUUCGUUCUUAUGCUGAGGCCUCACUCAAUCAAGCCUCUCGUCAACCAGGAUUUGGCGCCGCAUUAUGCAAUGUUGCAGCCAACAAAGGGCUCUCUUUGGGAAUGCGACAGCUAGCUGCGGUUUUAUUAAAGCAAUUCAUUAAGAGACACUGGCGGGAGGACGAGGAGGGUUUUGAAUAUCCCGUUGUCUCGAGUGAGGAAAAGGCUGUUAUACGUGGACUCCUUUUGUCCUCACUUGAUGACUCAAAUAGGAAAAUCUGUACGGCUAUCAGUAUGGCUGUAGCAUCAAUUGCUACAUAUGAUUGGCCUGAAGAGUGGCCUGAGUUGUUGCCAUUUAUCUUGGGUUUGAUUAAUGAUCGCAACAACAUUAAUGGGGUGAAUGGAGCUUUAAGGUGCCUUGCUCUUCUCUCUGGUGACUUGGAUGAUAACGUGGUGCCGUCUCUGGUACCAGUUCUGUUUCCUUGCUUGCAUGCAGUCGUAUCCUCUCCUCAGAGCUAUGACACAUAUCUGCGUGGAAAAGCCCUUCAAAUUGUUUAUUCUUGCGUAUCUGUUCUUGGAGCAAUGAGUGGAGUAUAUGAGUCAGAAACUAUGGAUCUAGUGAUGCCAGUGCUAAAGGGUUGGAUGGAUCAAUUUUCACUUAUUUUUGAACAUCCUGUGCAACCUGAGGAUCCUGAUGAUUGGAGUCUCAGAAUGGAGGUUUUAAAGUGCUUGAAUCAAUUUGCCCAGAAUUUCCCUAAUCUUGUUGAAAGCGAAUUCAGGGCUAUUACGAAGCCACUGUGGCAGACGUUUGAGUCAUCUCUACGAGUUUAUCUUCGAUCAUCAAUUGAAGGUGCUGAAGAUGCAUAUGAUGGUAGAUACGACUCUGAUGGUGAAGAAAAGAGUCUUGACACCUUCAUCAUUCAGCUAUUGGAGUUUCUGACAACAGUUGUUGGCAGUAGAAGACUGGUAAAGGUGGUUUCAAAUAAUGUCAGACAAUUGGUAUAUUACACAAUCGCUUUUCUUCAAAUGACAGAACAACAGGUUCAUACAUGGUCCGCAGAUGUAAAUCAAUUUGUGGCCGAUGAAGAUGAUGGCAGCUACAACUGCCGUAUUUCUGGAAUACUUUUAUUGGAGGAGGUGGUGAAUUGUUGUGGUAGGGAGGGAGUUGAUGCUGUUGUAGAUGCUGUCAGAAGACGGUUCCAUGAAUCUCAACAAGAAAAGGCAGCUGGUUCUUCAACGUGGUGGAGGAUAAGAGAAGCAGCACUCUUUGUUUUGGCUUCUCUAUCAGAUCAGCUUGUCGAAGCAGAGGGCCCUGGAAUGAACCCUGCCAAUUUGGCUAAACUUGUCGAGCAAAUGAUAAUGGAAGAUAAUGCAAUCGGGAUUCAUGAAUGUCCUUUUCUUUACGCCCGUAUUUUUACGGCAGUCGCUAAGUUCUCCGCUGUGACCAGCCCUGGAGUUUUGGAGCACUUUCUCAAUGCUGCCAUUAGAGCUAUAAGCAUGGACAUACCACCAUCUGUCAAAGUAGGUGCAUGCCGGGCACUUUUGCAGCUCCUACCUGAUAUGAACCGAGCAGUUAUUCUACCUCAGAUCAUGAAUUUAUUUUCAUCUCUCACCGAACUUCUACAUCAGGCUUCAGAUGAAACCCUGAUUCUAGUGCUUGAAACACUUCAACAAGCAAUUAAGGCUGGCCAUGAAGCAUCAGCUUCAAUCGAGUCAAUUAUCUCCCCUGUGAUCCUUAAUGUGUGGGUGGCACAUGUUUCUGAUCCGUUUAUAAGUAUUGAUGUUAUUGAGGUCUUGGAGGCAAUAAAGAAUUCACCUGGCUGCCUUCAUCCAUUGACGUCACGUAUCUUACCAUACAUUGGACCGAUCUUAAAUAAACCUCAGCAGCAGCCUGAAGGACUAGUGGCCGGAUCAUUGGAUCUUUUAACUAUGCUUCUUAAGGGUUCCCCAAAUGAUGUAGUGAAAGCUGCAUAUGAUUUCUGUUUUGAUGCUGUAAUCCGUAUUAUCCUUCAAAGUGAUGACCAUACUGAACUACAGAAUGCAACAGAAUGUCUGGCAACUUUUGUUUCUGGUGGAAGACAAGAGUUACUUACAUGGAGUGGUGAUCGUGGUUUUGCAAUAAGAAGUUUGCUUGAUGCAGCUUCAAGGCUUCUCAAUCCUGAUCUUGAAAGUUCUGGAUCUCUUUUCGCUGGGAAAUACAUUCUGCAGCUUAUCUUGCAUUUUCCAUCAGAGAUGGCACAACAUAUCCGGGAUCUUGUUAUUGCUCUCAUAAGAAGGAUGCAGUCUGCUCAAAUAAUGGGGUUGAGAAGCUCUUUGCUUCUGAUUUUUGCUAGAUUGGUCCAUAUGAGUUUUCCUGCUGUGGAUCAAUUCAUCAACCUACUUGUUAGUGUACCUUGUGAAGGCCAUGAAAAUUCCUUUGUGUAUGUUAUGACAGAAUGGACUAAACAACAAGGGGAGAUACAAGGAGCUUAUCAAAUCAAAGUCACUUCUUCAGCUCUGGCUUUGUUACUUUCCACCAGACAUCCUGAACUUGUGAAGGUCAAUGUCCCGGGCCGUCCAGUUCAGUCCAAUGGUGGCAUAACUACGCGUUCAAAAGCUAAAUCAGCUCCAGAGCAAUGGACGAUGGUCCCUCUACUUGAAAAGAUUUUGGCUUUACUAGCUGAUGCAUUAAUCGAAAUCCAAGAGCAAGUUGUUGGGGGUGAAGAUGAGGAUAGCGAAUGGGAAGAAGCCCAUGAAGAAGAAGUGGAAGCUGAGAAAGAAUUGCUACACUCUUCUGGUGCAUUACAAUUCAGCAAACCCUCGUAUGACCAACUCGAGUCAAUGGCACGGGUUUUCGAGAACCAAGAUGAUGAGGAUGAAGAAGAUGGCCUAAAUGUUGCAGACCCACUCAAUGAGGUUAAUCUGGUGAAAUACCUAGCCGAUUUUUUCGGGAAGUUUGCAAGUAGCGAUAGGAUGCUAUUUGACAAUCUUUGCCAGGGCCUAACGCAAACGCAGAGGAACGCCAUCCAAACCGUGCUGAAACGCUAAAAGGUUUUUUUUUUUUACUGCGUUUAAAAGUGUGUUUGUGUCGUCAUUUGUGUGACUCUUGUGAGGAAAAUGUAUUGAGAGGCAAUGAGAAUGAGACUUCUGUCUGUGACAUGGGAAGUUUGUCUUGAGCAUGUCUCCAUCAUAUCUUAAAAGGGUAGAGAAGCAAAUGACAAAAUUUACUUGGGAACUCUCUUCUA